AUGAAUCUCAGUUCAUCCCUCCCUUCUGAGAAACCCAGUUCUAACCCUGAGAAACCUAGUGCUCCUAUGAAUCUCAGUUCAUCCCUCCCUUCUGAGAAACCCAGUUCUAAACCUGAGAAACCUAGUGCUCCUAAGAAUCUCAGUUCAUCCCUCCCUUCUGAGAAACCCAGUUCUAACCCUGAGAAACCUAGUGCUCAUAUGAAUCUCAGUUCAUCCCUCCCUUAUGAGAAACCCAGUUCUAAACCUGAGAAACCUAGUGCUCCUAUGAAUCUCAGUUCAUCCCUCCCUUCUGAGAAACCCAGUUCUAACCCUGAGAAACCUAGUGCUCCUAUGAAUCUCAGUUCAUCCCUCCCUUCUGAGAAACCCAGUUCUAACCCUGAGAAACCUAGUGCUCCUAUGAAUCUCAGUUCAUCCCUCCCUUCUGAGAAACCCAGUUCUAAACCUGAGAAACCUAGUGCUCCUAUGAAUCUCAGUUCAUCCCUCCCUUCUGAGAAACCCAGUUCUAACCCUGAGAAACCUAGUGCUCUUAUGAAUCUCAGUUCAUCCCUCCCUUCUGAGAAACCCUCUAUGAAUCUCAGUUCAUCCCUCCCUUCUGAGAAACCCAGUUCUAAACCUGAGAAACCUAGUGCUCCAAUGGGACCUUGUUCCUCUCCAUCUGUGAAGUGUAGCUCUUGUCCUUCUGAGAAACCCUGUUCUAAACCUGAGAAUCCUAGUGCUCCAAUGGAAUCUGGUUCCCCUCAAUCUGAGAAGUCUAGCUCUCAUCCUGAGAAACCCAGUUCUAACCCUGAGAAACCUAGUGCUCCUAUGAAUCUCAGUUCAUCCCUCCCUUCUGAAAAACCCAGUUCUAACCCUGAGAAAACUAGUGCUCCUAUGAAUCUCAGUUCAUCCCUUCCUUCUGAGAAACCCAGUUCUAAACCUGAGAAACCUAGUGCUCCUAUGAAUCUCAGUUCAUCCCUUCCUUCUGAGAAACCCAGUUCUAAACCUGAGAAACCUAGUGCUCCUAUGAAUCUCAGUUCAUUCCUCCCUUCUGAGGAACCAAGUUCUAAACCUGGAAAACCCAGUCCGAAAUCUGAGAAACUUAGUACUCCUGUGGAACCCAGUUCAUCCCUCCCUUCUGAGGAACCCAGUUCUAAACCUGAGACACCUAGUGCUCCUAUGAAUCUCAGUUCAUCCCUCCCUUCUGAGAAACCCAGUUCUAACCCUGAGAAAACUAGUGCUCCUAUGAAUCUCAGUUCAUCCCUCCCUUCUGAGAAACCCAGUUCUAACUCUGAGAAACCUAGUGCUCCUAUGAAUCUCAGUUCAUCCCUUCCUUCUGAGAAACCCAGUUCUAAACCUGAGAAACCUAGUGCUCCAAUGGAAUCUGGUUCCCCUCAAUCUGAGAAGUCUAGCUCUCACCCUUCUGAGAAACCCAGUUCUAAACCUGAGAAACCCAGUUCUAAACCUGAGAAACCUAGUGCUCCAAUGGAACCUUGUUCCUCUCCAUCUGUGAAGUGUAGCUCUUGUCCUUCUGAGAAACCCUGUUCUAAACCUGAGAAACCUAGUGCUCCAGUGGAACCUGGUUCCUCUCCAUCUGAGAAAUCUAGCUCUCACCCUGAGGAACCCAGUUCUAAACCUGAGAAACCUAGUGCUCCAAUGGAACCUGGUUCCUCUCCAUCUGUGAAGUGUAGCUCUUGUCCUUCUGAGAAACCCUGUUCUAAACCUGAGAAACCUAGUGCUCCACUGGAACCUGGUUCCUCUUCAUCUGUGAAGUGUAGCUCUUGUCCUUCUGAGAAACCCUGUUCUAAACCUGAGAAACCUAGUGCUCCAAUGGAACCUGGUUCCUCUCCAUCUGAGAAAUCUAGCUCUCACCCUGAGAAACCCAGUUCUAAACCUGAGAAACCUACUGUUCAUAUGAAACCCAGUUCAUCCCUGCCUUCUGAGGAACCCAGUUCUAAACAUGAGAAACUCAGUUCUAAACCUGAGAAACCUAGUGCUCCCAUAGAAUCUGGUUUCUCUCCGUCUGAGAAGUCUAGCUCUCACCCUUCUGAGAAACCCAGUUCUAAACAUGAGAAACCUAGUGCUCCAGUGGAACCUGGUUCCUCUCCAUCUGUGAAGUGUAGCUCUUGUCCUUCUGAGAAACCCUGUUCUAAACCUGAGAAACCUAGUGCUCCCAUAAAAUCUGGUUCCUCUCCAUCUGAGAAGUCUAGCUCUCACCCUUCUGAGAAACCCAGUUCUAAACCUGAGAAACCUAAUGCUCCAAUGGAACCUGGUACCUCUCCAUCUGUAAAGUGUAGCUCUUGUCCUUCUGAGAAACCCUGUUCUAAACCUGAGAAACCUAGUGCUCCCAUAGAACUCGGUUCCUCUCCAUCUGAGAAGUCUAGCUCUCACCCUGAGAAACCCAGUUCUAAACCUGACAAACAUAAUGCUCCAAUGGAACCUGGUUCCUCUCCAUCUGUAAGGUGUAGCUCUUGUCCUUCUGAGAAACCCGGUUCUAAACCUGAGAAACCUAGUGCUCCCAUAGAACUCGGUUCCUCUACAUCUGAGAAAUCUAGCUCUCACCCUGAGAAACCCAGUUCUAAACCUGAGAAACCUACUGUUCAUAUGAAACCCAGUUCAUCCCUGCCUUCUGAGGAACCCAGUUCUAAACCUGAGAAACCUAGUGCUCCCAUGGAACCUGGUUCCUCUCCAUCUAAGAAGUCCAGUGAUAAACCUGAAACCUCAAGUUCUCUUCCAGUGAAAACAAGUAUUUUUUUCUCAAAGCCAUGUUCUAAUUCUGAGAAAUCUAGUGUUGCUAUGGAACCCAGUUCAUUCAUCCCUUCUGAGAAACCCUGUUCUAAACCUGAGAAACCUAGUGCUCCCAUAAAAUCUGGUUCAUCUCUAUCUGAGAAGUCUAGCUCUCACCCUGAGAAACCCAGUUCUAAACCUGAGAAACCUAAUGCUCCAAUGGAACCUGGUUCCUCUCCAUCUGUAAGGUGUAGCUCUUGUCAUUCUGAGAAACCCUGUUCUAAACCUGAGAAACCUAGUGCUCCCAUGGAACCUGGUUCCUCUCCAUCUGAGAAAUCUAGCUCUCACCCUGAGAAACCCAGUUCUAAACCUGUGAAACCUACUGUUCAUAUGAAACCCAGUUCAUCCCUGCCUUCUGAGGAACCCUGUUCUAAACAUGAGAAACCCAGUUCUAAACCUGAGAAACCUAAUGCUCCAAUGGAACCUGUUUCCUCUCCAUCUGAGAAGUCUAGCUCUCACCCUGAGAAACCCAGUUCUAAACCUGAGAAACAUAGUGCUCCCAUGGAACCUGGUUCCUCUCCAUCUAAGAAGUCCAGUGAUAAACCUGAAACCUCAAGUUCUCUUCCAGUGAAAACAAGUAUUUUUUUCUCAAAGCCAUGUUCUAAUUCUGAGAAACCUAGUGUUGCUAUGGAACCCAGUUCAUUCAUCCCUUCUGAGAAACCCUGUUCUAAACCUGAGAAACCUAGUGCUCCCAUAAAAUCUGGUUCAUCUCCAUCUGAGAAGUCUAGCUCUCACCCUUCUGAGAAACCCAGUUCUAAACCUGAGAAACCUAGUGCUCUUAUGGAACCCAGUUCAUUCAUCCCUUCUGAGAAACCCUGUUCUAAACCUGAGAAGGAUGAGAGUGCUGCUAUGAAACCCAGUUCUUCUCUUCCAUCUGACAAAUCUAAUUCUCUACCCUCUAAGAAAUUGACUUCUAAAUUGGAGACACCCAAGUCUAUUGCCACAGUGAAAUCCAGUGUUCUUGAUAAAUGCAACACUUCUGUGAAUGCCAGUUCUUUCUUUCCCUCUGAGAAGUCUAUGUCUCUUCCAAGAAUUUUAGUAAAUUUCAGUUGUAAACAUAAAAAACCCUCUGGGCUAAUGGAAUGCAACACUUUCACCUUCUCUAAGAAGCCAAGCUUAAAAAAUGAGAAACCUAGUGCUUCUCCUUGUAAGAAAUCCUAUCUUGAACCUGAGUUGUUAUCUGUGAAAUCCUCUGGGAAACCUGUUUUUAGAUCAAGGCCCUUUAAGGAGUUCAGUUCAAGCAGGAAAUCUCUUUUUUUGCCCUCUGAGAGAAGUUCGUAUUUUGAAUCCAGUUCUCUCUUCUCCAAAACCUCAAAUUCUGUUCUCUCUGGGGAAGUCAAUUUUAGAUCUUCAAAGUUAUCUGGUUCUUUGCCCUCUAGGAGUGCUUUACUACUGGAGGAUUCCAAUUCUCUUACCUUACAUAGCACACUCCUCCUUGAAGAAACCAAAUCUCCUCGUGGUUCAAGACUAUCUGCAAAAUCCAGUUCUUCCUGUUCACCCACAUGAUUCUGGAAGAACAAACCACUCGUGUUGGUCAUCAGAUCUGACUUUGCCUAAUUUUUGAA